GGAUGCAGUGCGCAGCAGGCGGCCCAGCACGCCGCUGCCCUCAGGACCAGCGCACUUGGUAUUUCUUAUAAUGCAGAAGAAAUCACGACGAGUCAGGUUCAGCUCCUGAUCUGAUCCUUGUCGAGUCAAAGCAUCUGUUGAGCGCGACCGGAGGAAGAUGCAGACCGGGAGCGGGGAUCCGCGCCGCUCCCUGCAAGCGGCACAUUGAUCAUUGGCCGCGUGGCCAAUUAGCGCCAGGAGCCAGGUCCAGCCCUCGUGUCUGCGCUCUGGUGAUCUAUCGCCAAUAAUUACCGACACACUUAAUGCCUAGUUUGGAUGGGAAUUAAUUGGAGGCUGGAUAAAUAAUGCAUUAGGGUUUAUCCAGCCCCCAUGUGAAGCGUCUCCCCCGAGCCAGAGCUGGAAGCGGCGAGAAGCGGCGAGAAGCGGCGUCUGAGCGGCGGUGGCGGCGAUGCGCGGGGCGGCGGCCGGGCCCGGGUGCUGAUGCUGCGAGCAGCGCCCAGCCGGGAGCAUGCUGAGCCCCAAGAUCAGGCAGGCCAGGAGAGCCCGGUCAAGGAGUUUGGUGAUGGGUGAACAGAUUGGGCCUCCCUCCAGACCUUCUUCUCCAAACCCUCAAGAACGUGUGCUGAAGUGUGGCUGGCUAAAGAAACAAAGGAGCAUUAUGAAGAACUGGCAGCAGCGGUGGUUUGUGCUGCGUGGGGAUCAGCUCUUCUAUUACAAGGAUGAAGAGGAAACUAAACCUCAGGGUUUGAUAUUACUGCAAGGCAAUCAAGUGAACGAGCUGCCACCUAAUCCUGAUGAACCAGGAAAACAUCUCUUUGAAAUUACCCCAGGUGGUGCAGGGGACCGGGAAAAGAUGCCUGUCAAUCAUGAGGCUUUCCUGCUCAUGGCUAAUUCCCAGAACGAAAUGGAAGAUUGGGUAAAAGCCAUCCGACGGGUUAUAUGGGCUCCAUUUGGUGGAGGUAUUGCAAAUAGCUCACAUGCACAUAAAUUAAAACAUUUGCCUCAAGGGAUCUUUGGACAGCGGUUGGAGGACACCGUACAGUACGAGCGGAAGUAUGGCCAGCGCUUGGCCCCACUCCUGGUGGAACAGUGUGUGGAUUUUAUUCGGGAGCGAGGUCUUACAGAGGAGGGGCUCUUUCGGAUGCCUGGACAAGCCAACCUUGUCAAAGAUCUGCAGGAUUCUUUUGACUGUGGAGAGAAACCCCUUUUUGACAGCAACACAGAUGUUCACACUGUGGCGUCCCUCCUGAAGCUUUACCUUCGAGAGCUGCCAGAGCCUGUCAUCCCCUUUGCCAAAUAUGAAGACUUUCUUUCUUGUGGACAACUACUCUCAAAAGAUGAGGGAGAGGGCACCCAGGAACUGGUUAAACAGGUGAAGAAUUUGCCCCAAGCCAACUACAACCUCCUCAAAUACAUAUGCAAGUUCCUCGAUGAAGUUCAGGCUCACUCCAGCAUUAACAAGAUGAGUGUCCAGAACCUGGCUACAGUAUUUGGACCAAAUAUAUUACGUCCCAAAAUGGAAGAUCCGGUGACCAUGAUGGAAGGCACCUCACUAGUUCAACACCUGAUGACAGUGCUGAUAAGUGAACAGGGACGAAUCUUUGCUGUUCCCCAGGCAGAUGUGCCAGGGAGCCAACUGGAAAUCAGGCCUGUGCGGCAGCGCAGUACUGUGGAGUGGAUCUCUGAGGAGGACGGGGAGGACAGCAGGUCAGAGAACAGUGCUCCCAGCCCCGCUGAUUUGCCUUCUAGCAAUGUUGUGGCACUGGAGGCCACCUCAGGACCUGCAGUGAAAAACACUCCUCCAGAGCAUAGUGGCAAAUUAACUCAGCCUGCCACCAGCCCCAGUAAAAGAGUGCAGACACUGCCUCCAUGGAAAUACUCCUUCCGCCAGCAGGGAGCACGGUCUGUGAGUCCAAAGCUGGGCAGCUCAUCCUUAGAUAUCCCCAACCUCUCCUCCAGCGGGAACUGGUUGAUGAACGGACUGUACUCACUCCGAGGCCACCGCCGGACAGCAUCUGGGGAGCGAGUUAAAGACUCAUGUUCCUCCCAGAGACUCUCCACUUACGACAACGUCCCCUCGUCCAGCCUGUCCCUCAGCACACACAGCAUGGCCAGCACUACAUGGUCAACGUCGUCAUGUGAGAUUUCCGUGAUGGACUCAGUCAGCAGCUGCCCAGCCUGCCGGGCCAGUGACUCUUCUGCUUUAAGCUCUCUCAAAACCGAGUGGAUAACUCAGGGCUCGCUGUCUCAGAGCGAGGGCAAGACUGCAGACCUGGAAAACAGCAUGGACAGGUUUGAUGCAUGCAGCACCAGCAGCAGUGAACAGAGCGAUCCAGCUGCAGCUUCCCGAGACUCUGUCCAAUGCUCCAGGGCCUUACAGAGCUUGGUGGUGGAGCUAAAGACAGAACUGAGCAAACAGAGGACUGAGUAUGAGACUAGUAUCAAAAGAAUUGAAGAAACAAGUGCAGACCUGAGGAAACAAGUGGUUAGGUUAGAAGAAGAACUGGACCAAGAACGAAAGAAAUACACAAUGCUGGAGAUCAAGCUGAGGAAUUCUGAACGUGCUCGUGAAGAUGCUGAGAAGAGAAAUUACCUCCUGCAGAAGGAAAUGGAGGAGUUUUUUUCAACAUUAGGAUGUUUAACUCUUGGGAGUCAAAGUGCUAAAGUCCCCAAGUAGAACAAGCACAGAAAUUUCUAUUUCUGGCAAAAUGAGUGAAAAUGCACACUUUUUUCUGGUAUACUCAUGUAUCAUGAGUAAUUCUACAGUGAUUGUGCUAUUGGUGACACUUGCUCUGUUGUCUUUACAUGUGCUAUAGUAUUUGGGCCAGCUGGGAAAGUGUGACCAUAAUGCCUCAAAGUUUAGAUGUCAGAUGGCCAGGAAAGGGGCCCCCUUUAUAUCCACAGAACAAAAGACACUCUUCUCCAGAGUUGUCCUGCCAUCUUUGGAUUCAAAUGCACCAUCCUUUCGCUGGCUCAAGGACAGUGGAAAGUCCUGCAGUGUGGGUGGAUGGCCAGAACCGAUGGACAGGCUGAGCCAGGAGAUGAGGGCCUCCUGCACUUGUGCUUGGGGAGAUGGCAGUUCCAGUCUGGCACCGCAGCCAGUGGGGUUGUUUACCAGAGGGAUUCUAAUGAGGUGGUUUUCUCCCCACUCCAUAUAUAAAGUUUGUUCAAAUUUCUCA